AUGGCGGGCACAUCGUCUACUCACGUGCGGGCGUCGAUGUCCGGACUGCUGGUCUGCUUCUUCGGCAUCUUACUCGCGUACUCCGUCCGGGCGGGGCCGGAGCAGGGGCCGGAUGCUCGGUGCCCGGAGUAUGUCGCACGUCAUGCACCGCUGUUAUGGCUGCACUCGGAUGACCCGUUCAAGCCGAGCGACCUUCUCACCCAUGUCCGCCACACUACGCCGACGGUCGAUAGGAAGCCAAUCGGUGACCUCCCGUCGCUCGAUCUCGACAAUUUGGAGAUUCUGAAUGCGUAUGGGAACAAAGACCAUCUUGCGCUUGUAUCCAACGAUGAUCCAUUGACCUAUCCGAAAUGGCUUUACGGAGAAGCCCCGGACGAGAUCGGUCGCAUCCACAACUCCACGCCGUGUGUCGUAGUUCUGGUCGAGAAGAACGAGCGCGAGCUGGAUGCGUUCUACUUUUAUUUCUACUCAUUCAACGAAGGCCCGAACAUCACUCAAGUGUUGGAGCCUCUCAAUCGCUUAGUCAAAGGCCCGAAGGUAGCUUCAGGAAUGCACUUUGGGGAUCACAUUGGAGACUGGGAGCACAACAUGAUACGCUUUAGAGAUGGUAAGCCGAAAGGUAUUUACUUCAGCCAGCAUGUAGAUGGCGCAGCGUAUGAUUGGGAUGAUUCAAAACUCACAAAAAUUGACGAACGGCCCGUUGUUUACAGUGCGCGUGGAUCGCAUGCCAACUAUGCAUCGUCAGGGCUUCAAGUUCAUAAUGCAGCUUUAGUAGACUACUGUGACGAAGGUCAGAAGUGGGAUCCCGUCCUGUCAGCCUACUUCUACCGUUUUCAUGCCGAUUCCUUCACGAUCACCAGGAUAGAACCGCCCGAGCAGUCGUUCCCGAAGCUUGCCUCGGAUGCAAACUUGACGUCACUCUUCUACUACACCGGCCGCUGGGGUGAUCUACAAUGGCUUGAUUCCGACCCGCGACAGGAGACAGUGCCUCGCUUCGGACUCAAGCGCUUCGAAUCCGGGCCAACUGGACCAAGACAUAAGCACCUCGUGCGAAAGGGACUCAAGCCAGAUCACAGACGGAAGAUGGGAUGGACUGAGUGGGCGGUGGGCAUUUACAUGGCCUGGUACCCAUGCUGCUUGAAAGGCUGGAAGAAGUGGGUUCUGUUCGGAGGCAUCGCUGUGAUUUUGUCCGCCAUCAUUAUUGGAGCUGUGCUUGGUGUCAGAAGAUAUAGAAGAAGGAAGUACCAGAGACUACAGGCGGAGGAUAUACCCUUAGAUGACUGGGUACUAGAGGAAGAUUCUUUACUUUCAUCAUCAGAUGAAGACGAUGAGAUUGGGAAGGCCGGGAAAAACAAGUCGAAGUAG